UUAUAGUUUAUAAAUCUCUUACAAUGAGCUAUCACUCUCUUCAUCCUGACCAUAGACGAAAAUCUUUCCCAUAUGGGCGUGUCUUGUACUGAUGUAUGAAAUGUUUUCUUGCAUUCUAGGUCUGUUGUUGGAAUUGUAAUGGCCCGUAACACCUCAGUGUUUGUAUUCUUUAACCAUGCGGGUCCACUCCACCAAAGGUCAUUGUUUGGAAGUUCACUUGCCUUGAUACCUCUUGAGGCAAGAUCAGCUGGAUUGUGUUCCGUCGAGACGUGUCUCCACCUGUCGUUAUCUAUAUGCUGGAUGAUCUCCGAUACUCUGUUGCCAACGAACACCUGCCAUCGGCUGGGCGGGGACUGCAACCACGAAAGCACCACCAUCGAGUCUGUCCACGCGUACAUUCUAUGCAUAGGUAUGUUCAAUAGUCCUGAAAUUUCAUAUAACAGCUUUGCUAAUAAUACCGCAGCACACAGUUCAAGUCUCGGGACCGUUAAUUGUUUCAGGGGAGCUACCUUUGUCUUUGAAGCUAGCAUCGUGACAUGAACAACAUCGUGCUCGUCUACCACUCUUGCAUACACAACGGCUGCAAGUGCAAGUGUCGAGGCAUCAGAGAACCCGUGAAGAUCAACUUCUUUGCAGCGAGACGACAUCUUGAUCCAUCUUGGAAUCUCAAUCGUCUCCAGCUCUUGUAGUUCGUCUCUGAAGCUCGUCCAUUCGUCAACUAACUCUGAAGAUAGCUCAUCAUCCCAACCACAAUGACAAAGCCAUAAUUUUUGGAUCAUGAUCUUCGCUGUAAUUACAACAGGUGAGAGCCAGCCAAAAGGAUCAAAUAAGCUAGCGACAUCAGAUAAAAUUACUCUUUUUGUUACAGGUGUCCUGAUCGCUGGUAAGUUUACUGAAACGUGAAAAGUGUCAUCCUUUCUAUCCCAGGUAAGUCCCAGUAUCUUUAUUAUUUUAUCUAAUUUAAUUUCUUUCUUGUCUUUUACAGGUUCCGGAGUCUUCGAGUCAUCAGUCAAGUCCUUCAGGAGUUCUUCAGAGUUGCUAGACCACUUCUGCAUCUCGAAACCACCUGCCUUUAGUAAUGCCUUAAUUUCUUUACAGGUUUCUUUCAUUUCGUCGAGAUCUUCGUGUCCUGUCAUAAGGUCAUCCAUGUAGAAUGAGUUUCUUACUACCGCCGCUCCUCGAGGGUAGUUGUCUUGUUCAUCAUCAGCCAAACGUUGAAGAGUACGUACAGCCGGAUGAGGUGCCGCUGCUGUACCGAAUGUAACUGUAAGUAGCUUAUAACUAUCUAUUCUUUCAGAUGUGUUAUCCCGCCAUACAAUGCGUUGUAAGUCUGUGUGUUUGUCAUCCAUUCUUACCUGACGAUACAUCUUUAUAAUAUCGCCAACAACACAGAUUUUGUGAGUUCUCCAUCUAAAUACCAGACUACGUAAGUCUGGCUGUAUUGUAGGUCCUACCAUCAUGCUGCUGUUUAAAGAACAUCCGUUUGGGGCCUUUGCUGACGCGUCAAAAACUAUGCACAGCUUCGAUGUCUCUUUAUCUUCUCUUAUUACAGCACAAUGAGCUAGAUAUACUGCAUUAUCUUCAUCUUCUGGGUCUACCUUCUUCAUGUGGCCCAGCUGUAAGUAUUCGUGUAUUACCUUAGUGUAUUCAGCUUUCAGAUUCUCGUUCCUUGCGAACUUUCUUUCCAGCUGAUGUAGCCUCACUACUGCCUGAUGCUUUGUAUCUCCACACGAUUUUACAGUGUCUUCAAAGUUUGUCUUUAAAGGAAGUUGUACUACGUACCUCCCUGUGUCGUCUCUCCUUGUUGUUUGUUGAUAUAUUUCCUCGCACCGUUCUUCCUCCUUUGUCCACAUGCUCUGCUUCUUGUAUAGUUCAGAUUCAACCUCCCAAAACUUCUUCAGGAGAAUAUUAUCCUCUUCAAUUUGUCCAGUAACAUGUAGACUUGUAAUGUGCUGUGAAACAGUAAAUGAUGUAUUAUUAUUACCCCCUGACAAAAUCCAGCCCAGCAAAUCGACCGCCCUUGCAGUCGCGAAGGACUCCUCCGAGCCCUGGUCGACGAGAGCCCGCAGCACGUGUGACUGCCCCGACUCCGCUGUGACGUGCACCAAUGCUGUCGUCAGCAAGGUGCCUAGACCAGGUUGUAGACCUCGUGAUGCGCUCGACGACGUGUGCGCAACAACGACGAAUGUGCACUUCACUUCGCUCGUUGCAGUUACAUGAAACAUCUUUGUUUUCACAGGUUUGUAUACUUUACUUGCAGGUUCAACCAUCUCCAGGGUACGAAAUCUGUUUUCCAGGAACGAUUUUAAUUUAUCAAAACUA